AUGGCAAAGAUUUCCCAGGCCACAAUUUCAUUCUUAAAAAAUGCUUCUCACAGUAUCAACGGCAUCGAUGACGCUCCACUGGCAGACCAUUUGCCUGAUCCCGAAGAAGAUGAUGAACUUCUCAAAGAUUAUCCAUGGAUCGAGCCUCCAAUUCGUGUCGAUUAUGGAACGAAUGUUCGCUUAGGAAAAGGCGUUUUCCUCAAUUACAAUAUGGUAAUAGUAGAUACCUGCUUGGUGACUAUUGGUGCUCGAACUCUUGUUGGCCCGAACUGCAGCAUCUAUUCGGGCACACAUCCGCUAGACCCUGCUUUAAGGAACGGCACAGCAGGACCAGAACUUGGCAAAGAGGUUCAUAUUGAAGAGGAUUGCUGGCUGGGUGGUAAUGUCAUCCUCUGCCCCGGUGUAAGGGUGGGGAAGGGCUCGACGGUCGGGGCGGGGAGUGUGGACAUUCCGCCCUUCCAUGUUGCGGUGGGGAACCCAGCAAGGAUACUUAGAAGGAUAGAAACCUCUUUGGACUCUUCACAGCGUACGACCAAUGUAUUUGCCUCUCUUGAAGGUGGAAAGGGUGUUGUGGAAGCUAUUGCUGCAGUGGAUUCGUAG